UCUUGGCCAGGCUGAUCUUGAACUCCUGACCUCAUGAUCCACCCACCUCCAUCUCCCAAAGUGCUGGGAUUACUGGCAUGAGCCACCGCGCCCGGCCAACACAUUUUUUAGUAUUCAGUUUUGUUUCGUUUUGUUUUGCUUUGUUUUGAGUGAUGCUCUUGCUCUGUUUCCCAGGCUGGAGCACAAUUGGUCCAUCACAGCUCACUGUAGCCUGGAACUCCCAGACUCAAGCGGUCCUCCCACCUCUACCUCCCAACUGCUCCUAGUUGGGGGCCAGGGCCUGGGCCUGGCCUGGGGAAGGAUAUGGGAACCAAAGCCUGAGAGUUAGGUUUCCACUCCCUUCCUUUGUGCCCUCACCACCCUCUGAGCCCUCACCUCCCUGGGUUCCUGGGCAACUCUGAUCUCAGUCCUGAGGAUACUAGACAAGCCCCCAACAUUUCUAAAUUUUUUGUAGAGUUGGGGGUCUCACUAUGUUGCGCAUGCUGGUCUUGAACUCCUACCUUCAAACACUCCUCCCACCUCAGCCUCCCAAAUUGCUGGGAUUACAGGCAUAAGCCACUGUGCCUGACUCUAUUAAAAUUUAAUUAAAAAUUUGAAAAAGUGAAAAUUCAGUCUGGGUGUGGUGGCUCAUGCCUAUAAUCCCAGCACUUUGGGAAGCCAUGGUGGGUGCACCACUUGAGGUCAGGAGUUCGAGACCAGCCUGGCCAACAUGGUGAAACCCUGUUUCUACUAAAAAUACAAAAAUUAGCCAGGCAUGAUGGCGGGCACCUGUAAUCCCAGCUAUUUGGGAGGCUCAGGCAGGACAAUAGCUUGAAUUUGGGAGGUGGAGGUUGCAGUAAGCCAAGAACAUGCCGUUGCACUCCAUCCUGGGCGACAAGAGCGAGACUCUAUCUCAAAAAACAAAAAAAAAAGCGGAAACAUACAUAAAUAUCCCUGGAAGGAUUCACAGGAACAGCAUCCCACAGAUUGCCUACAAGGGCCCCUAACCUGCUGGAACCCGUUGUGCAGUAGAGGCGGUCGGGUCCCUUCAAGGCCCCGCCGCGCCUGCGCCUUGGGUUCUCCUGACGCCGCCGAUCCGCACCCUGAGGAGCCAGUGGGCUGCAGGCACAGGCACAGGCACAGGCACAGGCGAGGGGUUGGGUGGCGGUUGAGACUGCGGCGGUACUGGGAUGGGUAGGUGAGGAUCCCGAGACUGCGUGAGCUUGUGUGCGCGGUAAUUUGGGGAACGCCGGACGGGCACCCUGCGGCGCCAGGAGCCGGGCCGAAGCACGACGGAGAGGCGGCGCGGCUGUCGGCCACCAUCUGAAUGGGAAGUUACGGCGAAGUCCACCCAGCCUUUCUGAGGUGAGGGCGCCGCGCCAGGCUGGGCGGGCGGUGAAUCCGGGACCCGCGGGCGCACACCUGGGUCCAGGCGCGGGCGUCGCAAGUUUUGUUGCGCCAGCGGUGGUGGUCGCGAGGUGGGGCGUGCACCGCCGGGGCCUAAGUUCCCUGCGCUGAAUUCUUCGCCUGCCGCUGCCGCCUGCAGCCCAGCUCUCGUGGGCGCUGGGAGGAAACUCGCUGGGGAGUGUUCUGUGGCAUCCCAGGGGUUGGAGGGACGGAGCAGCAUCGGGGGCACGUCCUCCUAUAUCCUGUAGAGGACACUGACCCUGCAUCCCACCCUCGAGGCCGGAAAUUGAUCGGUUGCCUCUGCGGGCCUGAGAGGUGAGAGCGCUCGCGCCCCUGCCUUGCAAAGUUGGGGUCUUUACUGGCCUCCGGGCUUCUGCUCCUGGCGGUGUCUCCAGGCUGGUGAUGGGCAAGCCAGGUGUGCCAGGUCCAGGAUGCACAUGAGGAGCGUUUGUAGCCAUCACUGAAUCACCUCUUGACUAGUGGGGCAAGCCUCAAAUGAACCGCAGGAUUUCGGAUCAUCAUCUCAUUUGGCAUCCUUUCACUGAAGAGUUAACCAAGACAUUUGGCCUGGUUUCCUUGCUUUCCUCCUAUCUUUUGCUGCUAGAGCUGCUUUCGAAAAGAAGUCUUUUCUGGCAGUGGUAUCUUUUCUUUGGGUUACAGUGUUGUUCAUCCUUUCUUUGCCAAAGUAAUGAAUCCCAGUGCUUCAGGAAGUUAAAGAAAAGAUCUGCUGGUAGUGUUUAAUCUGUUCUGAGCUGAUAUGCGUUAGUAGCUUUCUUUUUGUUUUUAAAUUUUAUUAGUAAAAUUUCACUAGUGAACCAGAAGCUAUUUUUUUCUAUUCUGAAAUGCUAGCUUUAAGAUUUCUGAGAACUUUGCGUCAGAGAAAUCUUCGAAAAGUUACUGAAGUAUACAGAAGAAGUUCACAAUUUUAAAUGUGCAGGUGGCCCGGGCGCAGUAGAUGACACCUGUAAUCCCAGCACUUUGGGACGCCAAGGAUCUCACUCCAUUGCCCAGGCUGGAGUGCAGUGGCACAAUCACAGCUCACCGCAACCUUGACCUCACAAGGCUCAGACAGGACCUCACUCUAUUGCCCAGGCUAGAGUGUGGUGGCAGGAUCUCAGCUCAUUCAACCUCCAUCUCCUGUCUCAAGUGAUCCUCCCAUCUCAGCCUCCUGAGUAGCUGCGACUAUAGGCGUGUGUCACCAUGCCUGGCUAAUUUUCGUAUUUUUUGUAGAGAUGGGAUUCAACAUGUUUCCCAGGCAAUCUGAAGGCAAAUCCUGUUUAGACCCAGGUGAAGGUUCCUGGUGACCCAGGCUCUCACCAGCCGAUUGUCCCUUGCCGUCCUCCUGAGGGUGUCUGGAGCUUCAGUGCUGUGUGCUCUUGGCCUCCACGCUGGGGAUGCCACUGACUCCCACGGUCCAGGGCUUCCAGUGGACUCUCCGAGGCCCUGAUGUAGAAACUUCCCCAUUGGGUGCGCCAAGAGCAGCCUCACAUGGUGUGGGCUGACAUCAAGAGCUGCCAGAUCCAACAGAAAGAAGUCACACAUACAGUAAAAAUAAUUAGAGAGGACCUAGUUCAUAUUGAACAAUCUUCCCCACACCCUGAAACAGGUCUUCUUUCUAAAACCAGAGAUAUCUUGAGUGAGUCCAACCCCUGCAGUCCCCUCUGUCUGGAAUAGAUGGAGGAAGUUUACUCCAGCCUUAGAACAGCAUGGGCUGGCAAGCGUUCUCAGAGAGGUCUCAACUUCAACUCUAAAGGGCCUGAGGAAUAUGUGCAACUGGGUCGGGUUAAGGCGAAGCUGAAUUACAUGACGAGGGCUCUCACCAGCACCAAAGUCAGUGGAAGGAUAUCAGUCCCCAGAGCUCUGUUACAGGCCAUGGAUGCUCCAUGGAGGGGUGGUGAGCAUAUGAAUAACAAUCAGGAGAAACAUCGGUAAUGGACAGGAGGCAUAAAUAAACAAUAUCCACCCUCCUCUAAAACCCAGGAGAGUUCUCAUUUCAAAAGACGAUGUCUUGAAGGAAACAUAGGUACAAAUCUUUGUGACUUUGGAUUAGACAUUUUUUAAGUGGGCACAAACAACCGAAAAAUGGAUGGACUUCAAAAUAAAAAACUUAUAUGCUUCAAAGGACACUGUCAAUGAAGUGAAAAGAUAAUCCACAUAAUGGGAGAACUAUUUCCAAAUUAUAUAUUUGACACAGGUCUAGUACCUAGAGUAUAUAAGGAAUUCAUAUAACUGAGCAAUAAAUGACAACCACAUUUAACAAUGGGAAAAAAGCUGUGAGUAGAGGUUUCUCUAAAGGAAACACACAAAUGGCCAAGAAGCACAUGCAAAGAUGUUCAACGUUUUCCGUCAGUAGGAAAAUGUAAAUUUAAACCCAAAUGAGAUACCACUUCACACCCACCAGUAUGACUUAAGAAAAAAAUAAAGACGACACAUGUUUCAAAAGUGAUGGAGAAUAUGGAAUUCUCACAUAUUACUAUUGGGAAUCUAAAAUGGCAUAGCUACUGAAGUUGGUAAACAGUGUGUGAGUUCCUCAAAAAGUUAAACAUAAAAAAAGUUAAACAUAAAGUGACAUAUGAUGCAGCAAUUGCACUCCUAGGUUUAUAACCAAGAAAAGGAAAACAGGUGUUCACUCAAAAACUUGUACAAAGCUGUUCACAGCAGCAUUAUUCAUAAUAGUUAAACAGUGGAAACAUCUUAAACCACCAUCAGUUGAUGAAUAAACAAAAUGUGGUAUAACCAUAUAGUGGAAUAUUAUUUGGCCAUAAAAAGUUGAAGUACUGAUGCAGGCUAAAAAGGAUGAAACUUGAGAACAAUAUUCUAAGAAGCAGAUAGAAAAUACCACGCUUUGUUAUUCCAUAUAGAGGAAGUACCCAGAACAAGUACAUCAAUAUAUAGAGAAAGUAGAUUAGUGGUUGUCAGAGAGCGCAAGAUUGCGAAAGUUUUGGAACAUGGUAAAAGACACUGAAAUGUAUGCUUAAAAAUGGUGAAUUUUGUGAUAUACAAAUUAUACUGUAGAAAUAAUAAUAAUAAUAACAGUAAUAAAGCAAGAAGUCUUUCCACAUCUCCAUGUCCUGUAUUUUCAUUAAAAAAAAAAAAGAGAGAAAAAAGCAUUUCAGGGCCAGGUUCAGUGGCUAACUCUUGUAAUCCCAGCACAUUUGGAGGCCUAGGUGGGAGGAUCACAUGAGGCCAGAAGUUCAAAACCAGCCUGAGCAACAUAGCAAGACCUUUGUGUCUAUGAAAAAUAAAAAAUUAGCCAGAAAUGGUGAUGUGUGCCUAGAGUUCCAACUACUUGGAAAGCUGACGCAGGAGGAUCACUUGAGCCCAGAAGUUCAAGGUUACCGUGACCUAUAAUCACCAGUGCACUCCAGCCUGGGUGACAGAAUAAGACCCUGUCUCAAAAAAAAAAGAAGCAUCUCACUUUAAUAGCAAGUGGCCAAAAUAUGAUGCCGGCUGCAUGUUGUGGGGAAAUGUGUUAGAUGAAAGAAGUUAAAUUCCAGAAGUUUUCCUUUUUUCAGAAAUGAGGUAUAGGGGAGAGAAACACAUACUUGGAAAGAACUGACACAGCUGAAUUGGAAAAUGUGGGAAGGGGAUGGGAAGAGGCUGGUCCACCUGAGACCUGGCUCCAGGACUUACAGCAAGGGGAACUUGGGCAAGUUACAGACUCUCUCUGCCUCAGUUUCUUCAUCAGCAAAACAGAAUCAUCCCAUAAACUGUAAGGUCAAUGCUAUCAGUGGGUCCCCAAAUUGACUGCACAUCUGAGUCAUGUUCACAAACACAUUCCAGGCCCCACCUGAGCCCUCUGAAUCAGAAUCCCUGCAAGGAGGACAAUGAACUUGUAUUUGCACUGACUUUCCCAGCUGUUUUUUACUUUGAUCAACUUGGGGGUAGGACCCUUUGAGCUGCAUCACAUCAUUCCAAAGCCAAAAGACGACAGCAGCACAAGAAUAUUUUCAAGGCAGUGUCUACAGCAGAGGAGAAACUGUUGAGGGAACCUAGAAGUAAAGGAGAUCUGGCUUGCUGGGCUCCAUUUAAACUUUGAGUAUAGCAGAGACACGAGCCCUUUGGGACACAUGCCGGAUGCAGUGACACUCCAACUUCGGAAGAGUGGAAGCCUUAAUUUCAGAUUCAAGCAUGCUUUGAGUAGAAAUUAAGUUUACUUCUUUUUGUACAGCAAGAUGGCCAAUCUUUUCUAAGCUGCUCACCUCACAAGAAAAAGAAUCGUACUGCUCAGAAUUCAAACUUCAGCAGUCAUGGGGAGCCUUGGGAGGAGCCCGAAUCACUGAUGGAAUUGGACAGUGCAUGGAGAUGGUUCAGCAGGACGAGGUGCUGAAAACUCAUCCCUGUGUGACCUCAAGUAAGCCACGUAACUCUGUGAACCUGCAGUUUUAUCAUUUUUAAAAUAAAGAAGCAUGACAGAUUUUCAUUAUGACACAGAAUGUCAGGUCUCCCAGAUGCAGAAAAUACAUUUACUUAAAGCCGUUGAUACGUCUUAAAGCAGUAUCCUUACAGUGUCAUUGGAGGACAGCGUGGACUGCAGAGAGACAUGCUUUGAAAUGGGAUUGAUCCAGUCCUCCUUCCUUCACUACCACAUGAAUGCUGAGCAGCCCAGGAUCACACUCAUGACACCCUCAACUCAGGCAAGUCCAGCAGCCAAUCUUAGGACACCUGGGCUACAGAACAGUCUCCCAAGUUCCAGGCUCACAAAACCUAGGUGGGGAUGAAAGCUGAGAAAGUGAGGAGGGGGUUCGGGGGAUCACUCUUUCCUACUCAUUCCUCUAAUCUCAAACUCACCUUCUACUGCAACACUGAGGAUCAGCAACCAACCGUGACCAUAACCUUGAUCUUGCCAUGUUCUGUUAGUGGAAUGAAACCAAAAAUCAAUGGUAUUAGUCCAACCCAACAAAAUAGAUAUCAAACCAAAUUCCAUAAGAACUGCUCAUGGUCCUGUUCUUUUCAGUAUAUGGGAAAACAAAAUGGAAACAACAAAAUAGCAUCAGGUUUAUAAAACUUCCCAAGAUAGAUGGUCACACAUGUUUACAGGAGAUCUCUAUAUAAAUGAUUUUGAUCACUUGAUACCUUGAAAAGAGCUCUUGUGACACUAGAAUGACAUCCAUAAGUGACAAGUAUAAAAUGUAGUGCUCAGUGACAUUAAAAAACAAACCAACCCACAUCGAGGAAGAGCUCUGGACAUAGGGCUGUCAAACUGGUCUAGAGUGUCAUGAAAAGCCAAGAUGGUGCCCCAGUAAGAAAAAAGAAAUCAACAUAACAAUGGGAAGCAGCAAGAAGAACACUGAGACAGGAAAGACAACAUUUUUACAAAUGAAUGAUUCAUUCACUUUCUAGUGGAUACAGACAAAACUGCAGAAGACCCAGAGGAAAUCAGGGCAGGCUAAAAGUUUGAUAUCCUACACUUGUGGAAAAGCCUUAAGAUCUGUUUUAACUUAGAACAGGUGGGGUGACUUCAUGACUACCAUUAAGAAAAUAUAACCUGUUGGGAAACUGGUUCAGCCUGGAUGAUGAUGUACAGACAAGCGAUAAACAGUGAGGAAUGUGCUUAGAUGUACUGGGAAAGAGAUGGGUCUGUGGCAUUGUCACAAGGGUACACGAAUACUGAGAGUGAAUUUUGAAGGAAUGAUCCCAAUUGGUGCUGACCCUCAGGUGAGACCAGGGUGCCUGUGUUUCAGCAAAGCCUGGGCAAUUGGAAUGCAGGGCUCCUAAGAUUCCAUGACACCCCCACCUUCUAAUUCUGUUAUUGCAACUGCAAACUGUUACCUGGCACACUGGCCACAAUCUUCCUCACUCUUGUCGGAGACUGAGCUAUUGGCAGUGCCUUCAGCUCUGAGCUCAGGCACCUCGAAGAUUGUUUUUGUCGUUAAGGAUCCUAAAGUGCUGUGGGGACUGAUCACAUUUUUCUCAACAUCCCUGACCCCACCUCUUCUGCCACAAACGUCAGCAUGGUGGUAUCUGCCCGCCCUUCGUCCGCUGAGAAGUCAGAGUUGAACAUUCUGGAAAUCAACAAGAAAUCACGCCCCCAGCUGGCAGAGAACAAAGAGCAGUUCAGAAACCUUAAAGAGAAAUUUCUUGUAACUCAAGUGGCGUACUUCCUGGCCAAGGGGCAGAAUAAUUACGAGUAUGAAGACUGCAAAGACCUCAUAAAAUCUAUGCUGAGGGAUGAGCGGCUGUUCAAGGAAGAGAAGCUUGCACAGCAGCUCGGACAAGCUGAGGAGCUCAGGCAAUAUAAAGUCCUGGUUCACUCUCAGGAACAAGAGCUCACUCAGUUAAGGGAGAAGUUACAGGAAGGGAGAGAUGUCUCCCACUCAUUGAAUCAGCAUCUCCAGGCCCUCUUCACUCCAGAUACGGCAGACAACGCACAGGGAUGGGACCUCCGAGAACAGCUGGCUGAGGGAUGUAGGCUGUCACAGCACCUUGUCCAAAAGCUCAGCCCAGAAAAUGCUGAAGAUGAGGAUGAAGAUGUUAAAGUUGAGGAGGCUGAGAAAGUACAGGAAUUAUGUACCCCCAGGGAGGUACAGAAGGCUGAAGAAAAGGAAGUCCCUGAGGACUCACUGGAGGAAUGUGUCAUCACUUGUUCAACUAGCCACGGCCCUUGUGAGUCCAACCAGCCUCACCAGAAUACCAAAAUCACAUUUGAGGAAGACCAAGUCGACUCAACUCUAGUUGUAGACAGUGAAUCCUCUGAUGAUGAAUGGCAGGAUGCUCGAAACCUUCUCCCAGUCCCUGACCCCACCUCUUCUGCCACAAACGUCAGCAUGGUGGUAUCUGCCCGCCCUUCGUCCACUGAGAAGUCAGAGUUGAACAUUCUAGAAAUCAACAAGAAAUCGUGCCUCCAGCUGGCAAAGAGCAAAGAGCAGUUCAGAAACCUCAAAGAGAAAUUUCUUGUAACUCAAGUGGCAUACUUCCUGGCCAAGGGGCAGAAUAAUUACGAGUAUGAAGACUGCAAAGACCUCAUAAAAUCUAUGCUGAGGGAUGAGCAGCUGUUCAAGGAAGAGAAGCUUGCAGAGCAGCUCGGGCAAGCUGAGGAGCUCAGGCAAUAUAAAGUCCUGGUUCACUCUCAGGAACGAGAGCUGACUCAGUUAAGGGAGAAGUUACGGGAAGGGAGAGAUGCCUCCCGCUCAUUGAAUCAGCAUCUCCAGGCCCUCAUCACUCCGGAUAAGCCAGACAACUCCCAGGGAUCAGACCUCCGAGAACAGCUGGCUGAGGGAUGUAGGCUGGCACAGCACCUCGUCCAAAAGCUCAGCCCAGAAAAUGACGAAGAUGAGGAUGAAGAUGUUAAAGUUGAGGAGGCUGAGAAAGUACAGGAAUUAUAUGCCCCCAGGGAGGUACAGAAGGCUGAAGAAAAGGAAGUCCCUGAGGACUCACUGGAGGAAUGUGUCAUCACUUGUUCAACUAGCCACGGCCCUUGUGAGUCCAACCAGCCUCACCAGAAAACCAAAAUCACAUUUGAGGAAGACCAAGUCGACUCAACUCUAGUUGUAGACAGUGAAUCCUCUGAUGAUGAAUGGCAGGAUGCUCGAAACCUUCUCCCAGUCCCUGACCCCACCUCUUCUGCCACAAACGUCAGCAUGGUGGCAUCUGCCCGCCCUUGGUCCACUGAGAAGUCAGAGUUGAACAUUCUAGAAAUCAACAAGAAAUCGUGCCCCCAGCUGGCAGAGAACAAAGAGCAGUUCAGAAACCUCAAAGAGAAAUUUCUUGUAACUCAAGUGGCGUACUUCCUGGCCAAGGGGCAGAAUAAGUACGAGUAUGAAGACUGCAAAGACCUCAUAAAAUCUAUGCUGAGGGAUGAGCAGCUGUUCAAGGAAGAGAAGCUUGCAGAGCAGCUCGGGCAAGCUGAGGAGCUCAGGCAAUAUAAAGUCCUGGUUCACUCUCAGGAACGAGAGCUGACUCAGUUAAGGGAGAAGUUACGGGAAGGGAGAGAUGCCUCCCGCUCAUUGAAUCAGCAUCUCCAGGCCCUCAUCACUCCGGAUAAGCCAGACAACUCCCAGGGAUCGGACCUCCGAGAACAGCUGGCUGAGGGAUGUAGGCUGGCACAGCACCUCGUCCAAAAACUCAGCCCAGAAAAUGCUGAAGAUGAGGAUGAAGAUGUUAAAGUUGAGGAGGCUGAGAAAGUACAGGAAUUAUGUGCCCCCAGGGAGGUGCAGAAGGCUGAAGAAAAGGAAGUCCCUGAGGACUCACUGGAGGAAUGUGUCAUCACUUGUUCAACUAGCCACGGCCCUUGUGAGUCCAACCAGCCUCACUGGAACACCAAAAUCACAUUUGAGGAAGACCAAGUCGACUCAACUCUCAUUGACUCAUCCUCUCAUGAUGACAUGUCGGAUGCUGUAUGCAUUAUCCCAGAAUAUGAAAGUGAUCAUGAGGAAGAGGAAGAAAAAGGGCCAGUGUCUCCCAGGAAUCUGCAGGAGUCUGAAGAGGAGGAAGCCCCCCAGGAGUCCUGGGAUGAAGGUGAUUCCACUCUCUCAAUUCCUCCUGACAUGUGUGCCUCAUACCAGUCUGACGGGAGCACCUUUCACUCAGUAGAGGAACAGCAAGUCGGCUUGGCUCUUGACAUAGGCAGACAUUGGUGUGAUCAAGUGAAAAAGGAGUACCAAGAGGCCACAGGUCCCAGGCUCAGCAGGGAGCUGCUGGAUGAGAAAGAGCCUGAAGUCUUGCAGGACUCACUGGAUAGAUUUUAUUCAACUCCUUGUGGGUAUAUGGAACUGCCUGACUUAUGCCAGCUGUACAGAAAUGACUUUUACUCAUUGGAGGAACAACACCUUGGCUUGGCUCUUGACGUGGACAGAAUUAAAAAGGACCAAGAAGAGGAAGAAGACCAAGGCCCACCAUGCCCCAGGCUCAGCAGAGAGCUGCUGGAGGUAGUAGAGCCUGAGGACUUGCAGGACUCACUAGAUAGAUGUUAUUCGACUCCUUCCAGUUAUCUAGAAAUGCCUGAUCCAUGCCAGCCCUACGGAAGUUCCUUUUACUCACUGGAGGAAGAACAUGUUGGCUUUUCUCUUGACGUGGAUGAAAUUCAAAAGUACCAAGAAGGGGAAGAAGAUCAAAACCCACCAUGCCCCAGGCUCAACGGGGUGCUGAUGGAAGCAGAAGAGCCUGAAGUCUUGCAGGACUCACUGGAUAGAUGUUAUUCGACUCCUUCAACUUACUUUGAACUACAUGCCUCAUUCCAGCACUACAGAAGUGCCUUUUAUUCAUUUGAGGAACAGAACGUCAGCUUGGCCCUUGACGUGGAAAAUAGGUUUUUUACUUCGACAGUGAUAAGGCACCAUCUGGCUUUCCAGAUGGGAGUCAUAUUCCCACACUAAGCAGCCCUUCCUAAGCUGAGAGAUGUCAUUGCUGCAGGCAGGACCUAUAGGCACAUGUAGGUUUGAAUGAAACCGUAGUUCCCUUUGGAAGCCCAGACAUAGGAUGGGAAAGUGGGCGUGGCUCUAUUCCUAUUCUCAGACCAUACCAGUGGCCACCUGUGCCCAGUCUGAAGACAUUGGACCCAAGUUAGGUGUGACACGUUCACAUGACUAUGUAGCACAUGCCGGGAGUGAUCUGCCAGACAUUCUAAUUGGAACCAGAUAUCUCUGGGUAGCUACAAAGUUCCUCAGGUAUUUCAUUUUGCAGGCAUGUCUCUGAGCUUCUAUACCUGCUCAAGGUCAGUGUCAUCUUUGUAUUUAGCUCAUCCAAAGGUGUUAUCCUGGUUUCAAUGAACCUACCCCCAUUCUUUGUAUCUUCAGUGUUGGUUUGUUUUAGCUGAUCCAUCUGUAACACAGGAGGGAUCCUUGGCUGAGGAUUGUAUUUUAGAACCACUGACUGCUCUUGACAGUUGUUAACCCACUAGGCUCCUUUGAGUAGAGAAGCCACAGUCCAUCAGCCUCCAAUUGAUAUCAAUACUUAGGAAGACCACAGCUAGAUGGACAAACAGCAUUGAGAGGCCUUAGCCCUGCUCCUUUCAAUUCCAUCCUGUAAAGAACAGGAGUCAGGAGCCGCUGGCAAGAGACAGCAUGUCACCCGGGACUCUGCCAGUGCAGAAUGUGAACAAUGCCAUGUUCUUGCAGAAAACGCCUAGCCUGAGUUUCAUAGGAGGUAAUCACCAGACAACUGCAGAAUGUAGAACACUGAGCAGGACAACUGACCUUUCUCCUUCUCACAGUCCACGUCACCACGAAUCACACAACAAAAAGGAGGAGAGAUAUUUUGGGUUCAAAAGAAGUAAAUGAUAAUGUAGCUACAUUUCUUUAGUUAUUUUGAACCCCAAAUAUUUCCUCAUCUUUUUGUUGUUGUCAUUGAUUGUGGUGACAUGGACUUGUUUGUAGAGGACGGGUCAGCUGUCUGGCUCAAUGGUCUACAUUCUGAAGUUGUCUGAAAAUGUCUUCAUGAUGAAAUUCAGCCUAAACGUUUUGUCAAGAACACUGCAGAGUUAAUACUGUGAGUUUCCAACCUCAGCCCAUCUGUGAGCAGAGAAGGUCUAGUUUGUGCAUCAGCAUUAUCAUGAUAUCAGGACUGGUGACUUGGUUAAGGAGGGAUCUAGGAGAUCUAUCCCUUUUAGAGACACCUUACUUAUAAUGAAGUAUUUGGGAGAGUGGUUUUUAAAAGUAUAAAUGUCCUGUAUUCCAAUGAUCAUCCUCUAAACAUUUUAUCAUUUAUUAAUAAUCCCUGCCUGUGUCUAUUAUUAUAUUCAUAUCUCUACACUGGAAAUUUUCUGUGUCAAGUUUUACUGGGCCUUUGUUUUUGCUAGUGUCUGUUGUUGAAAAAAAAAACAUUCUCUGCCUGAGUUUUAAUUUUUGUCCAAAGUUAUUUUAAUCUAUACAAUUAAAAACUUUUGCCUAUCA